AUGCUUAUUUUGAAAUAUCUUAUUACUCGAUUUACAAGUCUUAUGCCUCCUUUGAUCUUACCAGAAAAUCCCAUUACUCUUCUUCGUAUGCUCAAUCGUCAACAGAUAGCCUUCUUUAUUGUCGCUCUUCUUGCAUGGACAUUUGAUGCUUUUGAUUUCUUCACUGUUACUCUCAAUAUCAUCGAAAUUGCAACUACAUAUAAUAAAUUACCAUCAGACAUUACUUGGGGUAUUACAGUAACACUAAUGCUUCGUUCUGUGGGUGCCAUUAUUUUUGGAAUUGUUGGCGAUCGAUUUGGACGUAAAUGGCCAUUCAUUGUAAAUAUUGUUUUUUAUGCUAUAGUCGAAAUUUGUACAGGGUUCUGUAGUACAUACGCACAAUUUAUCGGUGUUCGUGCUCUUUUCGGAAUUGCCAUGGGCGGUAUCUAUGGUAAUUGUGCUGCUACAGCGCUUGAAGAUGCUCCGAUCGCUGCACGUGGUCUUCUAUCAGGCUUGUUACAACAAGGCUAUGCACUUGGCUAUCUACUUGCUGCUGCUUUGAAUCUUGCAAUUACGAAUAAUCAACGGUAUAGAUGGCGAGCACUUUUUUGGUUCGGAGGCUGUCCUCCAUUGCUUGUUGCACUUUGGCGCAUCUUCUUGCCCGAGACACGAGCAUUUCUCUGUGUCAAAGAGGCGCGCAAAACGAACGCAUUUGCAGCUGAUCAUCAAGUAUCUGCAGUACGCGCGUUCCUCAGUGCUAUUCGUCCUGCACUCGCUCAACACUGGCCAAUUUUCAUCUAUCUUGUAUUAAUGAUGGCUGGAUUCAACUUUUUAUCACAUGGUAGUCAAGAUUUGUAUCCGACCUUUCUCGCUUCUCAGCUCAUGUUCUCGCACAGUCUCGUCACUGUCACCACAGUUGUGGCUAACUGUGGUGCUCUCGUUGGUGGCACAUUAAUGGGAUAUUUUUCAAGUUUCUUCGGUCGACGAUUAUCAAUCAUCGUUGUUCUUAUCAUUGGCGCUGCUCUCAUUCCAGCCUAUUUACUUCCACGAAAUAUGUCCAUUAUGGCUGGCGCAUUCUUCCAGCAAAUGUGUGUGCAAGGUGCUUGGGGUGUCGUGCCCAUUCAUCUUAUGGAACUCUCACCACUACAGUUUCGUUCAUUCGUAGUCGGCACCUCUUAUCAAUUAGGCAAUCUCAUUUCAUCAGCCUCGUCAACUAUCGAAGCUACUGCUGGACAACAUUUUCCGUUGCAAACAUCUAAUCAUGCUACUAAUAAAUACCAGUACGACUAUGGUAAAGUCAUGUCUAUCUUCUUAGCCAGUACAUAUUGCUAUCUCCUAAUCAUAAUUUUACUCGGACCGGAGAAGAAUAAUACUGAUGAACUUACCCAAUGUGAGACAAAAGAAGUCGAGCUUAGUGAAGUUGACAAGAACUUAUAA